AAAAAUUCCCUUAUUGGGGACCAGUCUGGUGAUACACCCUCGGACCUCGGUGUCGGACUGCUCAUAAAACACCAACUCCGUGUUUAUAUACAUUCAUGGGACCUUCAAAUCCCUGACUUUCAGUCGAGAGAGAAGAUAAGCCUCGGGUUUCUAUAUCUCGAAUUCAAGACGAAACUGAUAGCAAUGGCCAAGGAAGCCUCAAAUGGAGACAAUCAUGCUGCUACAAAACCACCUCCAACCCCAUCUCCUUUAAGAAAUUCCAAAUUCUUUCAGUCCAAUUUGAGAAUUCUGGUCACUGGAGGAGCUGGAUUCAUUGGUUCUCACCUUGUGGACAAGUUGAUGGAAAAUGAAAAGAAUGAGGUGAUUGUUGCGGAUAACUACUUCACUGGCUCAAAGGACAACCUAAAGAAGUGGAUUGGCCAUCCAAGAUUCGAGCUUAUUCGUCAUGAUGUCACUGAGCCAUUGCUAGUAGAGGUUGAUCAAAUAUAUCAUCUUGCUUGCCCUGCUUCUCCAAUCUUCUACAAAUACAACCCCGUGAAGACAAUUAAAACAAAUGUGAUCGGUACAUUGAAUAUGCUGGGACUCGCAAAGCGAGUGGGAGCAAGGAUUUUACUUACAUCAACCUCAGAGGUGUAUGGAGAUCCCCUUGUGCAUCCCCAGGAGGAAAGCUAUUGGGGAAAUGUAAACCCAAUUGGAGUGAGGAGUUGUUACGACGAGGGAAAGCGUGUAGCUGAAACUUUGAUGUUUGAUUAUCAUAGGCAGCAUGGGAUUGAGAUUCGGAUUGCUAGGAUCUUUAACACGUAUGGGCCCCGCAUGAAUAUUGAUGAUGGGCGUGUUGUCAGCAAUUUCAUAGCUCAAGCAAUCCGUGGUGAGCCCCUGACUGUUCAAGCGCCAGGAACCCAAACACGGAGUUUCUGUUAUGUCUCUGACAUGGUUGAUGGCCUUAUUCGACUUAUGCAAGGAGAGAACACUGGGCCCAUCAAUAUAGGGAACCCAGGUGAAUUUACAAUGACUGAACUUGCGGAGACUGUCAAGGAGCUUAUCAAUCCUGAUGUGGAGAUCUCAAUGGUGGAGAACACACCAGAUGAUCCUCGCCAGCGAAAGCCAAAUAUCACAAAGGCUAAGGAGCUGCUAGGAUGGGAACCAAAGAUCAAGCUGCGUGAUGGACUUCCCCUCAUGGAGGAGGAUUUCCGGAUGAGGCUUGGAGUCCCCCCUAAGAAAUGAAAAACUCCCAGUAUGGUAGCGAAGGAACUGCUAGAAUGCGGGCGCAUUUGUUACCUGGUGAUAAGAGCAAUAGGAGCAUUUGAGAAAUUCUUGACAUCUGGCUUUCUUCCGCAUAUAUUAUAUGCUCUCUAUUUUCAUACGCAUUCAUGAUAUAGAAUAAAAUGGUAUUGAGCCCCUUAUUGCGUAGCCUAGUUUGUUGAAGAACCUCUAUUUGUGGAUUUGGACGGUUUUUGAUUUGAUAUUCAGAAGAAACUUUCUAGUC